AUGCCCAUACAGGCCCACCGUGAUGAUGAGCAGUUGAAGUGUGAGGCAGACCAGGCCUCUGCUCCUAAGCUGCGGCCGAUGCAGGGCCAGUCUCUGAUGGAGGGGGACAAGCUGUACCUGAAGUGCGAGGCGUCGGGGAGCCCCAGCCCCUCCUUCCACUGGUACAAAGACGGCCUCAAGCUGCAGAAGGGCCGCGACCUGAAGAUCAAGACCAACAAGAAGAACUCCAAGGUGCAGAUCAGCCGCGUGCGCGUGGACGACUCGGGGAACUACACCUGCGUGGCGGAGAACUCUCUGGGCCAGGAGAACGCCACCAGCCUCAUCAGCGUUCAGAUCUUGACCACGACCACGCCGUCGGCGGGCGUGAGCCACACGCGGCGCUGCAACGAGUCGGAGCGGACGUACUGCGUCAACGGCGGAGACUGUUACUUCAUACACGGUAUAAACCAGCUCAUCUGCAAGUGUCCAAACGACUACACAGGCGACCGCUGUCAGAACUCCGUCAUGGCCGGUUUCUACAAACUUCGUGGAAUUGAAUUUAUGGAGGCGGAGGAGCUGUACCAGAGGCGCGUCCUGACCAUCACGGGCAUCUGUGUGGCGCUGCUCGUGGUGGGCAUCGUGUGCGUGGUGGCCUACUGCAAAACCAAGAAGCAGAGGCAGAAGAUGCAGAACCACCUCCACCAGGGUCAGAACCAGUGUGUGGAGCAGCCCAACCGGACCCUGGCCAACGGGCCCAACCACCCGGGCCCCGGCCCCGAGGAGAUCCCCAUGGUGGACUACAUCUCCAAGAGCGUCCCGACCACAGAGUGCGUCAUCAGCCACGGAGCGGAGGGCGCCGGGAACUACGCAGGCAGCCGCAUGUCCACGCGCUCACACCACUCCUCCACUGCCUCUCACGCCUCCACACACAGACACGAGGAGCAGACGUGGAGCAUGGAGCGCACAGAGAGCAUGAACUCGGACUGCCAGUCGGGGGCGCUGUCCAGCUCGGUGGGGACCAGUAAGUGCAGCAGCCCGGCCUGCAUGGCGCGGAGGGGCGCGCCCCACUGGGGCUGCGGCCAGCUGGCUCGGCCCGCCGCCGGCAUGACGUACGGAGACUCCUACGACUCGCUGAGGGACUCACCCCACAGCGACAGGUACGUCUCGGCGCUGACCACGCCGGCGCGCCUCUCCCCGGUGGAGUUCCACUACCCCGCGCUGCCCCCCCAGGUGCCCACCUUCCAGAUCACCUCCCACCACACGGCCCACGGCCUGGGCCUGCCCCCCUCCUCCGCCAACGCCACCUACCACAGGGAAGACGACCAACCACUGCUGCGCUGCCCUGACCCCCGUCGGCCCCGGCGGUCCUACCUGGCCGAGAGCACGGGCAGCCUGCCCUCCAGCCCCUACCGCCUGCCGGACGAGGAGGCCUACGAGACCACCCAGGAGUACGCCUCGUCGCGGGAGCCAAUCCGCAGCCGGCGCCGGCCCCGCCGCAGCCGCCUCAACGGCCACGCCUCCCUGCGCGCCGCGGGGGCGGGGCUAAGGGACUACAGCUCCCAGAGCUUCAGCCAAUCGGAUGAGGAGUACGGGGAGGAGGAGGAGGACGAGGAGGGGGAGGAGGAGGACGACGAGGAGGAGGAGGAGGGCCACGGCGAGAGCACGCCCUUCCUCAGUAUGCAGAACAUGAGCGUGGAGCCGCCGCCCCUGGUCCUGGCCCCCAUGGGCUACCGUCUGUCGUCGGGCGGGGACACGCGGACUCACCGGGCCCCCAGCCGGGGCCCCGGGCCCCGCAGCAACGGCCAGAGCCGCGGAGGACAGCGCUCAAAGACAGACCACAUGCCCCUUUAA